UGCCAGGAUCACCAGGUUUCCUGUCUGGCGCAGAAUCAAACAGCCCAACAAAUUUUAGGUUAAGGUCGACGCCAAUUCCUCGCUGUGGUCUUAUUCAUAGUCUAUAUGAAGAAUGGGCUGCGCAAUAUCAGGUGUGGCAGCGAAAGCAGAGUUUGGGGAGAAGAUCACGGAGGCUGCUGCCCCUGCACAUCUCACCGAGCAGCAGAUCCAGAUGAUCAAGGAGUCAUGGAAAGUUAUCCGGGACGAUAUCGCCAAAGUUGGGAUCAUUAUGUUCGUCAGGUUGUUUGAGACCCAUCCUGAAUGCAAAGACGUCUUCUUCCUGUUCCGGGACGUGGAGGACCUGGAGAGGCUGCGGACCAGCCGGGAACUCAGGGCUCAUGGUUUACGAGUGAUGUCUUUUAUCGAGAAAAGUGUGGCUCGACUGGACCAGCUGGAGCGACUGGAGACUCUGGCUCUGGAGCUUGGAAAAAGCCAUUAUCGUUACAAUGCCCCACCCAAAUACUACAGCUAUGUCGGAGCAGAAUUCAUUUGUGCUGUCCAGCCUAUCCUCAAGGACAGAUGGACACCUGAGCUGGAGGAGGCCUGGAAGACCAUGUUCCUGUAUGUGACCGGCCUCAUGAAGCAGGGAUACCAGGAGGAGAGCAACCGACAGCGGCAGCUAGCCGUCUCCCCAAAGGAGAGACCGGACAAGAGGAGCACGGCCCUAUGAGAGCCCGACUCAACCACAGGACUGUUUUCACACAUCCAGCACUGACAUGUGGCUGUGUAUAUAGUGUAUUUACUGUCUCGCUUUCUAC